UCACAGACUCCGGAAGAAUCCGGAAGUGUAACUCUCAGCACUCGUGGUUAAUGGAGCCUUUGAAUUGAAGUGCCAUGAGUGGAUGUGUGUUGUAUCGCCGCACCGGGCCUGAUGGGGGCGCUGUGUAGCACAGAGACUGUAGUGGACUCUGCAGGACCAGGGGGGGCUGGUGACCUUCAGUGGGGUCGACACGGUGUCAUCACUGCCCGUUAAAUGUUAAACUGUCCUUUCUGUGCUCAGCCUGAGAAUGUGUUUCAUGUUUGUUCGAUGUACCUGACUCAGAGGGAUGGACUAUAGACUGGGUCUAACCUUGAUGGGGGGCCUUGUGGAAGUGCAACAUGAAAGCCCGGCUGGGACUGGACUUCUUUAGACCACACAAGAGGUUCCUGCAGCUGAGUGUUUAACUUUACUCUGAUGAUAUUAAAAGUUAUUUUCUAAGAAUCAAAUCUUCUUCUCUGAUGAGGACUUUCUCUCAGAUGCUCAGAGGCGCUCAGGCUCCUCCUCUUCCUCCUCAGUAGAUGCAGCAGAGAGGAAGUUGUGGUCACUCUUUGAGUCCUCUUGAGUGUUUUGGUGUCAGUCUCUGUCAGCACUCAGAGUCGGUGCAUUAACAACUGACGAGGAACAGAUCUAUUUUUUCCUUCAUCUUCUCCUCCAUCAUGGCUCCAUCAGUCCUCUUCCUCGUCCUCGUCCUGCUGGACUCCUCCGCCUUGCUGCCUCCUCCGAGAAAGACCUUCCUGCUCAACUCUGCAGACAGACCUCUGCUCCUCUUCAGCCUCCCUGAUAUCCAAAACACGACCACCCUGCUGCUCAGUGACGAUGCAUCCACCCUGUAUGUAGGGGCACGGGACACUGUACUCUCAUUGGACGUCAGUCAGAGUGAUAUCAUCAGUCUGAAGAACAAGGUGCAGUGGAGUCCGUCUGACUCUGAAACAAAUGAAUGUAAAUACAAAGUGAAGAACCCCUCGGUAGACUGUCCAAACUUUGUCAGUGUGUUACAGCUAAUCAACUCCACCCAUCUCUACGCCUGUGGCAGCUACGCCUACAGCCCCCAUGAUGCCUUCAUCGACACAGGAAGCUUCUCGAUGGUCCAACCCAGCAGCAUUAGGACUAAAACACGCUGUCCACACAACCCUUUCCAGAGGAGCACCGCCAUCUCACACGAUGGCGAGCUGUUCACCGCCACGACGACCGACUUCAAAGGAGAGAAACCUCAGAUUUCAAGACACUUCAGCAAAGAUGGCCGCCCAGACGUCAGCCUGGACUCUCUCACCAGCCUACUGCAGGAGCCAACUUUUGUCAGCUCAUCUCUGGACCUGUCUGACAGGAAGCUCUACUUCUUCUUUAGCGAAGUUGGGAAAGAGUUCCGCUUUGUAGAUGAGCUGCAUAUCGCCCGAGUUGCCCAAGUCUGCAAGGAUGAUGUUGGUGGGCAGAGGACACUGCAGAGGAAGUGGACGUCCUUCGCCAAAGCCCCUCUGCUCUGUCAGUUGCCGAAACAGCUCCCCUUCAAUGUGCUCCAGGAUGUGUUCACCCUCCCACCACCAGAGGGCAACAACGCCUCAGACACUCUGUUCUACGGUGUCUUCACCUCACAGUGGUCCUCAGUUCCAGAAUCAGCUGUGUGUGUCUUUAAGCUUCAGGACAUCAGAAACGUGUUCAGAGGGAAAUACAUGACCCUAAAUACGCAGUCCAUGCAGUGGAGUCAAAGACAGGGGAGACCAAUCCAGAGAAAGUGUGGGCUUGAAACAGCUUCAGACACAGACUUAGAAGAGGUGAAGAACAGUUUCCUGACCAGUAGUAGUGUAAAACCGGUCGGAAAUGCUCCGGUUAUGGUUUCAUCAGAGCAGCAGUACAGUCGUGUGGCUGCAAUGAGGACACAGGCAGCUAACGGCAAACAGUACACGGUCCUUUUUCUUCUCACAGAUUCCGGAUUUCUCCACAAAGUGGCUUUGUUCGAUAUGGGUACUCGGGUUGUGGAGGAGAUUCAGGUCUUUACAGAACCUCAGCCCGUGAAAAGUCUCAUCCUCUCCUCUGAAAAGGGAGUGCUGUAUUUGGGGACAUCGGAGGGCGUGACCGUGGUACCUGUGGCCAGGUGUUCCAUCUACACAACCUGCAGCCAGUGUGUUCUAUCCAGAGAUCCUCUGUGUGGGUGGAGCCGGAGCAGCAGGGUCUGCACCCGCGUGGAAGACGAUCAUGAGGACAUGGCUCAGGACUUGGAGCACGGCAAUGUGGAGGAGAAAUGUCAGGGACAAACUGAGACCAGUCAGGACCAAGAAAUCAAUGUUCAGUUGAACGAAGCAGUGAAGCUCUCCUGUCAGAAACCCUCCAACCCAUCAGCUCUGACCUGGACCUCCACUCGGUUCAAUACCCUGCCAGAGAACCUUUUCAUCCGGCCAGCUGAUGGCAGCCUGAGGUUCCUCGCAACCGCCGACACCACUGGAACCUAUCGCUGCGAGGCAGUGGAAGACGGGCACAGGGAGGUAGUAGUUAGCUUUAACAUCCAGCUGAGUGCUGCUCCUCGCUCCAUGAGACCCUCACCCAAGGAAGACCCAGAACCUGUGCCGGACUUCAAAGACGAGCCCACUCCGGCUGAAGAGCCAAUAAAAGCUACGACAAAAACUUCAGACCCAGAGCGCCCCACGAUAAAGGACAAGGAAGAUAAAUUCAAGGUCGCUACAGCAGAAGAGACCAACCACAGUAAAGACAAUUCAGAUAAGACUGGCUUUGACAAGACCUCCAGGAAAGACUCCCAUUCCUCGAAGGAGCCGCUCGAUGGCGCUCCGACAGAGAAGAGUUACUUCAGCGAGCUGGUCGUUGUUUCCUUACUGCUGGUCGUCUGUAUCUGCCUCCUGGCGCUCGGAGGGCUCCAUGUGUGGCACCAGAGUAAAAGUGAAAAAAAGAAUCCUCUGGUCAGUCCUGGAGAUGACAGCAAAACCAUCCAAUCAAUGGAGAGUGUUCCCUCCCUGAGCAGCCCAGAGGACGCGGAUCCGGAGCUCAAGGUGAUGCAGUAACCACGGCGGUGGUCGACCACGUACCACGUUAUUUAAAAUGAUACAAAUUGUUAUUUUACUGAUCGUCAGCAUCAAAAAGAACCAAAACUUCCAUUCAAUCAGACUGCUUCUUACAACCAGUCGCCCCCUGCUGGACAUUAGAGGGAAUACAAGUUAAAGCCCGGCAUUCACUGUGCGAUUGUGUAAGAGUCUCAGCUCACGCUGUUCGACUGAAUCAGGACGGAGCGUUCACAGCCAAUAGAAAACUCCCACAGACGGAGGCUAAAGUCAGUCGUCUCAUAUGCACGCUGAAAUACACACAGCUGACAAAAACGCUCUCUCUCUCUCUCUCGCUCUCUCUCUCUCUCACACACACACACACACACACACACACACACACACACACACACACAUAUGCACACACACAUAUGCACACACACACACACACACACACACACACACACACACACACACACACACACGCACACACACACACACACACAAACACACGCACACACACACACACACACACACACGCACACACACACACACACAUAUGCACACACACAUAUGCACACACACACACACACACACAAACACACGCACACACACACACACACACACACACGCACACACACACACACACACACACACACACACAAACACACGCGCACACACACACACACACGCACACACACACACACACACACAUAUGCACACACACAUAUGCACACACACACACACACACACAAACACACGCGCACACAAACACACGCGCACACACACACACACACACACACAACAUCAUAACUAACUAAUAUUCCCGGUCUGCAGAAAUUUCCUGCCAACAUUUCCUUCAUGAUCGUAGAAGGGAAGACUAAACUAGAUUAAACAGGCAUAUUUGAUGUUGCCAUGGUGAUUUCGGACGCUGUCUGUCACUUUUUGUGGUGACACAAUCAGGGAAAAUGUCCCGAAGUUGGAGAAUCGUGACGUGGCUCCGCUCUCAUUGAGCGAGUGUGUUCAGUCGAACGAGCAAAAUAUCAAAACAUGCCAGAAAAUCAUCCGACCGGUCGGGAGCAGCUGAUUGGGCCGGGAUCUGCCGUCACUGUCUUUAUUUCAAAUUAAACUUUGCAGACGUAUUUGUGCUGAUUAGAACGCGUUCAGGAGUUCAUCUGUAAUUUUAGUUGUCAACAUUGGGCGUUUGGGACUUCUAUUGUUGUUGCCGUGGUAACAAAUAAGUAUCGAUACCGUUUGUUUUUUUAGUUGAAAUCGUUGAAGCAUGAUACUUUGAAUGUUAUGACGAGUCUGUGACGACUGUAUGACUGUGAACGGGAUGAAACCUGCUGUGAAUGAGAGCUAACAAGUAAACAGUUUAAUAUAUAUCUUUAUUUUUUUUACGUUUUUUCUGUUUGAAAUGUUUUCUUGAAUCUGUCGCCCCCUUGUGUCUCAGAUUAAGAUGUGCACAUAGUGAAUAUUUAACGUCCUGUUGAUGCUGCCGUGCUGUAACUGAAGCUCGAAGAGGACAUGCAUCCAGACAUUUUCAUUUCAGCUCUGUUUCCAAAGAUAACGAUUUCAUUUUGGGUGUUUCUUAGUUAACAGCGCUGGCGUUUCCAUGACGAUGAGUUCAUUUCACUCUUCUUCUCGAGAUACAGAGAAAUUUACUCGUUAUCACGGGGGAACGGCAUUAUUAUCCUGAGAUAACUCCUUAAUUAAUUCAAAACUUAAAGGAAGAAUGUGUCAACUUUUUGAUCCAGUAGAUGUCGCCCUUGAGCUCCAGCAUGAAACCAAAACAAACUGCUGUUAGGCCACGCCUCCUCCAUACUGAAGCCUCCGCCCUCCUCCAGAGACACACCUCCAACCCCCCUCCACUCACGUUUGCAUGAAGGAGUUUAGCGUGGACAAACUCAUCCUUGUCUCGAGCUGUAAUCACCUGUGUCCUGCGUUGUUGUGUUAGCAUGCUAAUGUUAGCGCUCUUUAGUUAGCUCGUAGCUUCACAUUGUUGUGUUAGCAUGCUAAUGUUAGCGCUCUUUAGUUAGCUCGUAGCUUCACAUUUCAUGUAAACUGACACAGAAUGAGCGUGAUCUAAAAACUCUUACUAACAUCCAAAUAAUCAGUGAGUAUGUUCUUCUUCUUCUCUCUAGUUCUUGACUAAAACAGCUUUUAUACACAAGGGGAGGAGCCGGCCGUCCCGUCCAUGUAAACACGGCUCUGACAACAACACAGCCAGCGGGACUCGAGCUUCUCCCUCAUUGUAGACAGUCAUGACUCAGAGACACAUUUACACAGGAGAGACUUUAUGAUUUAUUGAUGUGGAACAUGUUGAUCAUUCUUCCUUUAAAGAAAACAAUCAUAUUACUCAUUAUCAUGGGAACACUCAGUGAAAUGCAUGGAUGUAUGUCCCUUUAAGGCUUCCAUAUGCUGUAAUGAUUUGUCUUUAUUGUAAUUUUUGGGCCUUACAUUUUAAUUAAAUUUUGUUUCAAAGUGUGAAGUUUUCUAAUAAACCCUGAAAGUGUUCAGA